GAGUUUCGUCGUUCCAAAAAGGAUAGUAAAAGGUUCCAUGGCUGCCGCACUCGAAGGAAGCAGAACGGUUACACUUUAUGAACUCAUCCAAGGGAUCGCUGUAUGAUGGUGGGAGAAGGAGCAAGAUGGAGAAGAUGGUGAUGAUGCACACAAAAGUGGAUGAAAAAAUGGGUUGGGGAAGCAUUUCCAUUUGUGGGAGUUAUGGAGGAAAACUAGAAAGGAAUUUCAAGGUAGGAUUGCAAACGAGACAAACCAUUGACAAGAAUAGAGCUCGAUGCUUACUUGAACUCAUGUAAGUUUUUGAGUCGAACAUCAAGUUUGGUGAUGUUCGGCUCCAAAGCACCCAAGCUGAUUCAAUUAUAUAUACAUAUUAAUGUGAAAAUAAUUAUUAUAUUUUAUU